GUACAGUAGAACCCCAGCGAUAGGAACAAAAACUCAGAUGUGAGACCCAACGUCUGUCCUGGAGAGUUUGGCACGUCACGGCACUAAGUGGGGAGGAGAAGAAAAAAAAGCAAACAGCUGCGAACAAGAGCAAAAAGGAAGAGAAGAGUGACAGCUAUUGGACAGAGGAAGAGAGAGAGCGAGAGAGAGAGAGAGAGAGAGAGGAGCAGCAGAACCGAGAGGGAGGAGAGAACGGAGAGAGAUAAGACUGUGACAAACAGGAGACACUGAGAGGAAGCACAUGGUGUAAAAAUGCCCACCAGCUUCACCGUGGUCCCGGUGAAGGACAACACAAGAAAGGCUAAAGAGGGGAACGAGGGGGAGGAGGAUGUGGAUGACAACAACGUGCUGAAAGAGGAAGAUGAGGACACCACAGGUGAUGGCGUUCCAAAGGAAAACAGCCCCUUUAUCAACAACACAGAGAUUGACAAGGGCAACAGCUAUGAUGGCACCAACAUGGCUCUGUUUGAGGAGGAAAUGGACAGCAACCCCAUGGUGUCAUCGCUCCUCAACAAACUGGCAAACUACACCAACCUCACCCAGGGGGCCCAGGAGCACGAGGAGGCGGAUGAGGAUGAGGGGGCCAAGAAGAAGGCUGUUAAGAGCCCACAGAUGGGGACCUUCAUGGGUGUCUACCUCCCCUGCCUCCAGAACAUUCUGGGGGUCAUCCUGUUUCUGCGCCUUACCUGGAUCGUCGGCACCGCCGGCAUCUUGGAGUCCCUGGCUAUCGUCGUCUUGUGCUGCUCUUGUACCAUGCUGACAGCCAUAUCCAUGAGUGCAAUCGCUACCAACGGCGUCGUGCCAGCUGGAGGUUCCUAUUAUAUGAUUUCCAGAUCUCUAGGCCCGGAGUUUGGGGGAGCCGUGGGCCUCUGUUUCUACCUUGGGACAACUUUUGCUGGCUCCAUGUACAUCCUGGGUACUAUAGAGAUUCUUCUGACUUACAUUGUGCCUAAAGCAGCCAUCUUUGUGGCAGAGAGAAAGGAGGACAAGGUGGAUGCCCUGCUGAAUAACAUGCGUGUUUAUGGCACAUGCUGCCUUGCACUGAUGGCCGUGGUCGUCUUUGUCGGGGUGAAAUAUGUCAACAAACUGGCCUUAGUCUUCCUGGCCUGUGUCGUUCUUUCUAUCUUUGCCAUCUACGCUGGAGUCAUCAAGACCAUCUUUGAGCCGCCAGACUUUCCUGUUUGCAUGUUGGGAAAUCGCACUCUGCAGAACCACAACUUUGACAAGUGUCUUAAGACAGAGGAUAUAGACAACAUGACGGUGACUACCAAGCUGUGGAAGCAGUUCUGUGACGGGCCGGAGCUCAAUGCCACCUGCAAUGAAUAUUUCCUCAACAAUAAUGUGACCGUGGUGCAGGGCAUCCCAGGGCUGACCAGUGGAGUCAUUUCAGAGAAUAUGUGGUCAGAGUAUGGUCCUCUGGGUAUGUUGGUAGAAAACAAGAAGUUGUCGUCUCUUGGGGGAAGUGACUCCGCCCAAGACGUCUACAUGCCAUAUGUAGUCAAUGAUAUUACCACCUUCUUCACACUGCUGGUCGGCAUCUACUUCCCCUCUGUCACCGGUAUCAUGGCUGGUUCAAACCGGUCAGGUGACCUGAGGGAUGCCCAGAAGUCCAUCCCCAUCGGGACCAUCCUGGCUAUCGCUACCACCUCCAUCAUCUACAUCACCUGUGUAGUUCUGUUUGGUGGUUGCAUUGAAGGCGUUCUGCUUCGAGACAAAUUUGGUGACUCUGUGAAAGGAAACCUUGUUAUAGGCACAUUAUCAUGGCCCUCACCCUGGGUUAUUGUGAUCGGGUCAUUCUUCUCCUGCUGUGGGGCGGGCCUGCAAAGUUUGACUGGUGCCCCGCGCCUGCUGCAGGCCAUCGCACGAGAUGGCAUCGUACCCUUCCUGCAGGUGUUUGGUCACGGGAAAGCUAACGGAGAACCUACCUGGGCUCUGCUCCUGACUGCAGGAAUCUGUGAGAUCGGCAUCCUCAUCGCCUCACUGGACGCUGUAGCUCCUAUCCUCUCCAUGUUUUUCCUCAUGUGCUACCUAUUUGUCAACCUGGCCUGUGCGGUUCAGACCCUGCUGCGAACGCCCAACUGGAGACCUCGCUUCAAAUACUACCACUGGGCUCUAUCCCUCCUGGGAAUGAGCUUGUGCCUUGCUCUCAUGUUCAUCUGCUCCUGGUAUUAUGCCAUUGUUGCCAUGGCCAUCGCUGGGUGCAUCUACAAAUACAUCGAAUAUAGAGGGGCAGAGAAGGAGUGGGGUGACGGCAUCCGUGGGCUCUCUCUGAAUGCAGCUCGCUACGCCCUCAUUCGCCUUGAGGAAGCCCCACCACACACGAAGAACUGGAGGCCCCAGUUGCUGGUGCUCCUGAACCUGGACUCGGAUCAAGGAGUCAAACACCCUCGUCUGCUCUCCCUCACCACCCAGCUGAAGGCAGGAAAGGGCCUGACGAUAGUGGGAAAUGUUUUAGAGGGAACAUAUGUCACCAAAGACGCAGAGGCCAAGAGGGCCGAGCAGAACAUCAAGUCCGCCAUGUCAGCAGAGCGGACCAAGGGUUUCUGUCAUGUCGUGAUAUCUUCCAACCUCAGAGAUGGCGUCUCCCACCUCAUCCAGUCUGCGGGCCUGGGAGGCAUGAAGCACAAUACCGUCCUCAUGGCCUGGCCUGGGACCUGGAAGCAGUCGAAUGACCCACAGUCAUGGAAAUGUUUCAUAGAGACGGUGCGGGAGACCACAGCCGCCCAUCACGCCUUACUUGUGGCUAAGAAUGUGGACAGUUUCCCCACCAACCAGGACCGCCUGGGGGAGGGCACCAUUGAUGUGUGGUGGGUGGUCCAUGAUGGAGGCAUGCUGAUGCUGCUGCCCUUCCUGCUGCGACAGCACAAGGUGUGGAGGAAAUGCAAGAUGCGUAUCUUCACUGUGGCCCAGAUGGAUGACAACAGCAUCCAAAUGAAGAAAGAUCUCCAGAUGUUCCUGUACCACCUGCGAUUGGAUGCAGAGGUGGAAGUGGUGGAGAUGCAUGAUAAUGACAUCUCAGCUUUUACCUAUGAGAAGACGCUGGUGAUGGAGCAGAGGUCUCAGAUGCUGAAACAGAUGCAGCUGUCCAGGACUGAGAGGGAGAGAGAGAUUCAGAGUAUCACUGAUGAGUCACGUAGUUCAAUCCGGAGGAAGAACCAGGGCGCUGCAGAGAGCGUCAGCGUCAGCCUCAGCCGACACUCCUCAACCGUGGAAGAAAAUCAGGAGGAUGAGGCCCAGCUCAUCCACGACAGAAACACGGCAUCUCACGCCGCGAUAAAUGACAAGGCCGAGACCGGGCCCGACCGGGUUCACAUGACGUGGACCAAGGACAAACUGUUCUCGGAGCGCUUUCGCAAUCGCGAAUGCAACGCCAAUGUCGCCGUGCGUGACCUGUUCAACAUGAAACCAGAGUGGGAGAGUCUGAACCAGUCUAACGUCCGCCGGAUGCACACGGCGGUCAAGCUGAACGAGGUGGUGGUCAACAAGUCGCAGGGAGCCCACCUGGUCCUGCUAAACAUGCCCGGGCCACCUCGGAACCGAGGAGGGGACGAAAACUACAUGGAGUUCCUGGAGGUUCUCCUCGAGGGUCUGAACCGGGUCCUUCUGGUGCGAGGCGGUGGCCGUGAAGUCAUCACCAUCUACUCCUAAAAAAACAUCAAACAAAACAAAAACAUUGUUUCGCCCCACUCUGCAGACAUGGGCUGUUGCCAUGGAUACAGGUCACCGGGCAUUCUCGGGGGAAGAAUCCAAACUGGGUUUUUUAAUGGAGGGCGGGGGGUUUGCUGGAAGUCUUGGACCGUUUGUGGAUUGACCGACGGUCUGAAGGACCCGAGGAUGAAGGGAACACUUAGUGUUGAUGCAGCUGAUCGUCCGAGAGAGAGCGACACUGGGCCACAGUCCCCCCCCCCCACCCCCCCUGCACAUGGACGAUAGAAGCAUAGAGACACUUUUAACCCCCGAAAACGUUCGUCUCUGUUACAUUUUCGUACGCUUUCCCCUCUUGUGUUGUCGACUUCCUGGCACUCACUGUGUAAAGAUAGUCAAAGAAGUGAACGCGUGCUCUUGAUGAUGAACCUCGUAGUCUUUCGUGUUGUCUGGUGUACUUGGCUCUGGGAGGAGCAGAGACGUUGGCUGCAGCUGGAAAAAAACAAAAAAGAUAAGAAAGGAUUUUCUUUUUAAAGUCGGUUUCAUAUAAGUAAAUAUACACAAAAACAAUCCUUCAACGCUCUGCGACAGAAAGCUCACUCACAGCAGCGCACACAGACUUUACCGAUGUCAAAUACAGUUUGCUGGUCACUUUGGUCUGCAUCACCGUUUGUACUUAAACGCUUUCAUUCGAAGUAGCUUCUCUUUUUCAGUCUGAACCACAGAACGUGACAUUACAGUCCCGUUUGUCGCAGAACGAAGGGGCGGCCUCUCGGCUGCAGUGGAAACGUCUUCUCUAACGCCGGUAGUGUUUGUUUGCCUUGUCGAUAUUUAGCGAAGGACCAGAAAGAUGCUGAGCACUGAUCAUCCUCUGUUCAGUGGGUGGCAGCGAUCAGCGGUCAUCAUUUCCCAGCCUCAGAAAAAAUAGGGAAAAUAGCCAUAGUUAAUAUUCUAGGACGUUUUGUGAAGCUUUAUCAUGCACAUGUAUAUUUAUGGUGUCCGAAAGGAGGGCUCAGUUGGGAAUGACUACAGAUAGAUUUUUUUAAUUUGAAGGGCUGUUUGACAGCACGCAGAAGCUCAAUAAUUUAGUAGAUUGCCGAGUCGGUUCACAGAUUAAAAUCUUAAACUUGAGUAUACUUUUUAAAUUGUAAAAGCACAAACUGGCACAUGUGAAUUAGUGUAAAUCAAAUUUUUUUUAUUUUACGCGCUUUCAUCCCGUAUAUUAAAGUGAUAGUGAAGUGUAGUUACAGCACUGUUGACUUUGCACUACCAAUCUUUCAGCACUUGUCCUCUCACUCGGUCGUACUGCGUGCAGCGUCGCUGUCUAUUGGUUGAUACGACACUAUAUUCAAGAAGAAAAUCUGCUCCUGUUACAAUAACUUUUCAUAAUAUUUUACCAAACACGAAAAAAUCUUUAGAAUUCGAGUCCCAGACUGAGCAGGUGUAGGAGAAAAAAGUGCCAAAAUGACUACAAAAGAAACUGUGGAAGUAUCACUAAUGCCUCCUCUAGCAUUGACCUGCUGUGGAUGCAGCUGUUUACAUUGACAAUCUUCAAUCUUUGGAAACUCUGGAGUUCGGAGCACAAUCGUUAUUUAUGAUAAAGCUCAUAAUUUCUGCCAUAAUUUUAGUUUAAAAAUUCCACGAAUCCGCGAUUGAGGAAACGGUGGUUUGCAGGCGCUUCACAACCGAUCGACCUGCCGCACAAAGAAUCACUUUUAGUCAAGAGGAAAGAAGAAAACCAGAUUCAACCCUCUCGCAGAUGUACCUCCACAGUUUCUUUUCAAAAUUAGCUGUGCAGUAUUUUGUAAAAAAAAAACAACCAGAAACUCAUAUUUUCCUGCAGCUCUUCGUGGGGAAAUUUGAACUUCUCGGUCGUCAGUUAUGCAACAUAUCUGUUUUGUUGUGUUUUAUUCAGUCGUCGAUGUAUGCCUAUAUGUAACUAUAUAGUUAUGGUCUCGCUGUAGUGUUUGUUACAUUAUAACUGAUCUUUCUGUUACUUUAAGUGUUAACUUUUCGGUGUGAUUUUUACAGAAGGAGGCAGAGAAAGGGGAGGCUUGUGUGAAGAUGGCAGCAGUUGUCAAGUUUUUUUUUUGUGUUUUUGUUCCAACUUACCAGAAACAAAACAUGCACAACACACAGAAGUAAAGACUCCUCGUGAUACAGUGGCACACUGCACUGAAAGUGUUAAGAAACAUGAGGGAGACAACCAGUUUAAAGAGAAGAAGAAGAAGAAGAGUGGUUUCAUAACUAUCAAUCACAAACUAUUUCAGUUUCCUUGUUCCAUUUUCUAUUUUAGCCACUGACAAACAACAUAAUUGUGCAUUAAAAAAAUCUAAGUUUGUCUAGUCUUAUUAUUUUUGAAACAUCGAAGGGUGUAACGAUAAAUUAUUAUUAAACACAUUUUAUCUUAGUUUUUUUUAUUUGGUUACGAGCUAUAUAGCAGUAGCUGUACAUAAAUGAACGACAUCAAACCAUACUCAAAAGACGCUAAAUAAAAUGUUCCUGAGGGUAAAUAGGAUUGUCGGCAGUGUGUGUGUUCCACAGUUCUAGUGGUUGAGGUGACUGGAGAUUGUGAUCUACCUCAAGUUGUCACUGAGGCUCGGCUGAGGACAGAAACAUGUUCCAUCACAUCUCUCUUUCAGAACCGAUGCUGCAUAUGGAUUCAUGAAAGGAAGAAAAAAAAACAUCUGCUGCGAGGGGACCAGCAGAGUAGUGUGCGUGCGUGCGUGCGUGUGCGUGUGUGUGUGUUUGUCAAUAUCAUUGUGAGGUGAUGCGGUGUGUGUGUGUGUGUGUGUUUCUGCUGUCGUCCGGCUACGCUGGCAAAUCAGAUGUGGGCGCACGUAUAGAGGAAGGUAGACCUGUUAAUUGUAUUUGUGCCUCUUGAGUAAUUAUUAAAAGUGCUGAAAUAAACAAAAA